AUGCACUGGCCGAUUCGGCUACGCGCGCUUGGGUUCCCGUCAGCGGAUCAGUUUACCGCGACCGAACGCGAGCUAUUUGCUCUCGCAUCGUGGCUAGAGGACACGCACAUUCGCCAGCUCCCACCAGAGGAACGAGGCGGACUGCGGCAGGGCUCCCACGUCGCGCUCGAGGCUUACACAUCUGAGCUGGUCGCGCCCGGCUGGGUAGCGUCAGCUCUGCAGGGGCGCGACUACGCGGCCGUGUGCUCGUGGCUCGUGUGUCUCGCAUUGCAGUACGCUCAUGAGGAGCAGUGCGGCGCGAGCGAGGCUGGUGCUACAAUCGAUGAGAGCGACUCUCAGCUCGCUGGCCUCGCGGGAGCGCUCGGCGUCGAGGUUGCUGGCGGCGCCGCCGCAACGUUGCACCGCGCGGCUGACGCGGCGCGCGCGCGGCCGUCAGCGGCCACCGCCGAGCCGGCGCCAGAACGCGACACGGCUGGCCGUAGUGGCGCCCUGCGUGCCUUGCCUCUCGGGUUUACCACGGGCGAUGCCUUGCUCGACGACGCCGCGCGCGUGCUGCGUCUUCUGUACGUGGCGGACCUGCAGCGGCUGCAGGAAGGCGCCACCCGCGUGGUGGAGCGGCUGCAGGAGUCGUCAGCCAACCCACGGACAGAGCAGCGCUUGGGUCGUGUCGGUCGGUAG